CCCGCCCGUGCCCGCCAUGGCGGCGGCGUUCCGAGCGCUGCGCGUCCUGCUGGGGCUGUUCUUCCUGCUGGCGGGCGCCGGGAAGCUCUCGGCCCUGCUCUCGGCCGACCUGCACCGCUACAUGCAGUCGCAGUUCGUGCGGUACGCCGAGGUGUUCCCCCUGAAGGAGCUGGGGCUCACGCCGGAGCCGGGCUGGUACCUGGAGGUGGUGGGCUGGGUGGAGGCGGUGGCCGGGCUGCUGCUGGCGUUCGGGCCCCAGCUCCUGCAGGAGAUCAGCAACUUCAUCCUCAGCGUCAUCAUGAUCGGUGCCAUCUACACACUGCUGGUGCUGCGGGAGCCCCUGGCCAUGUGUGCCCCCGCCACCCUCUGCCUCGGUCUCCUCCUGCUGCUCAACAUCCGCGGGCACGCGGCCCCCGCCAAGCCCAAGUUCGAGUGACCGGUGCUGGGAAGGACGGAUGGCUCGGCUGGUGGGAGGUGAUGCCUUUAUGAUAUUUUGGGGGACAGCAUCGCGUCCUGGGAGGUAACUUGCUGCUCAGGCGGUGUGUCCCCUCCUGCCACCGCUGGGGACCUUGGUGUCGGUUGUCCCUGUGCUGCAGGACCUGGGGCUGGUGCGGUGGGACGGUGGCCGUGGCACCACCGCCGCUCCAGGAGCUCCAUUGCUGAACUCGCACAAGGUGUCCAGCUCUUCCCGGCGUUUGGCCAUGUCGAGCUGGGGCUGGCUCUGCUCUCCUGGAGGCUCUCAUUUUUUGGAAUAAAGCUUCUUGUUUUUCA